UGGCCUUUAAAGAAUCAACAUUUGAUAACCGAACACAGACCUAAAUUGAAAUAAUGGAGAUUGUGUCACAGUAAAUCAAUAGUACAUUACGUACCAUACGCAUGCGUUAUCAAAAUUUGUGGUUUUUUUAUCAUCCCCCUAUAGGAAAAAUGCGUUCAUUGUUUUGUGUUUCUCCCGUCACUGUCAAUUUCUCGCUAUUGCUCUGAUUCUUAGUAUCCGCGUCUCGCAAUUUCGUCCUUUACAUAUUUCCUUUCGGUAGUUACACUGUGCGUAAAAUAAGCGAAGAAGUGAGUGCGUUGUACAACUGUAAAUUAAUUUAGUUUCCAAAUUAUUCGUUCUAUCAUCUGGAAUAUUAGUGAGAAUUCAUGACGCAUGUCGCAUUCCAUUUCGCAUUCGUUUUAAUUUUUUCUACUUGCAACCACUUAGAUAUCUUUUAAUAAUACACAAUUAAGGAGGAACAUCUUAAUAAGCUGUUAAGAUAAUAAUUUCCAAAGGCUUUCGUAAUCUAUUCAAUGUUUAUAAUAAAUUAAGCUCUUCCAUAAUGAAUUCCGCAUCGUAUGAUGAUGUAUUGAGGAAACCGGAAGAGAUUUUUUAUUCCACCUAUGAACCGAGCAAGGAAGAAAUAUUGGAAUAUGCUGUUAAAAUAGGUAUCGAUCCCGAUAAAGAAACUUAUUUAGUAUAUCUCGCACGUCAAGGGUUGUUGCAUCCGUUACCUGAAAACUGGAAACCAUGCUAUAGCAAACAAAUUAAAGCAUAUUACUACUACGAUCGCGCUACAAAAAAAUCUCAAUGGGAACAUCCGAUUGAUGUACUAUAUCGUGCGAAAGUGACCGAUGCCCGGAAAGCGGUUUCUUCAGAUCACUGCAACUUAAAUUCUCAUACAAGCCUAUUCCCAUCUAAACAAACUCCUUUGUUUCCCCUUCCUGAGAAUCGUGCUGAAAGUUCUGCAAGACGAACACAAGAGUUAGAUGCAAGCACCUCUUUUACACAAAAAAACAUACCAUCAAAUGAACAAUGCCGGCAUAAUCAAGAACAAGGAUUGCAGCUGAUUGAAGCUGUUGAUAUGGAUGAAAUUGAUUCGAACAAAGAAAACGAUAGCCAAGAACCAUUUCCCUUAAAACCUGAAAAGAGACAUUCAUCAAUCGAUGCAAUUCCACAGGCACGAACAAAUGAGAGUGCGAUUUUGACAAAAUCAUUGGCCAAUAGUUUGGUUUCAUCCUUUCACGGUUUUGCGAUAACUGGCUUAGGGUCGCAAUAUCUAAAAUCCAACCAAAAACCGGGGAUAGAAGAUGCAGAGCAAAUAAAGAAAACAGAAUCGGAGGUGAAAGGAAUACUAAGAGAUUCAAAUUUAACAUAUGUUCGCAGCAAAACUACUCUAAAUGAAGAAUCUGCAUCUGAUGAGAAAAAAAGUGUUCGUUUCGAUUUUGAUCACAAAACGGGACUCAAACCUAACGAGCCUGAUUAUAUAUACGGUUUGAGUAACAAACAGGUUCCUGGCUACCACAAGGGGAAUGGCAACCAUGUGGAAAGUACAGUCGAAGGCAAUGAGAGCAUAAAAAAAAAAUCUGGUUUUGAGACAUUCAACCAAUCAAAGGAAUUACAAACGGAUGAACAUGAAAACGGCGAUAUAGAAAAAACGAUUCUUACAAGAACAGCGUCGACAGAUUCGCCCAAUAUUGAGUGUAAAGGUAUAAUCUCAUGCCAAUAUGAAAAUAUAACAAAAGGAGAAUUGCACAUGGAAGACAAGCUAUGUGUUUCGUCACCUACAAUAAAAAGUGAUAUGAUGGACGAAAUCGAAAAAGAAUGCCAAAAGUACGACGUAAUGCUUACUUCGGAAAAGGAACACCUAAUUGAACAAUACAAAAAUAAUGUCGAAGAGUUGAAAAAAUAUCAUCUCUUUGAAUUGAGCAAGCUGAAACAACAUUAUGGGGAACAGAAUCUAAAGGAAAUUGAAGCGUAUAAGGAGACACUCAAACAGGAUUUUGACCACACAGUAAAAUCGCUAACAAACGAACAUCGGGAAAAAAUGAAAACAUUGCAAAAGAAUCACGACGAAAUUUUACACGAUCUUGAACGUGAUUUAAAAUUGGAAGAAGAACUCAUUAAAAAAGAACAUACAACAAUGUUAACAGAUAUGAAACUAAAGGUAUGCCACGAGCUUGAAUUAGAAAAGCAGAGGAUGCGGGAAAUGGGCGAAGAUCGUUUGUACGAAAAAAUACGUUGCGAGAAACGUCUUCUUGAAGACAAGUAUAAGUGUUUAAAGGAAAAGUACAUUCGCUUAAAGUCAGAUGUGCGCAUCUCAUUAGAACGACGAAAAAAAAGGCGAGAGAUGCAGCAGGAACCGCAACUAUAUCAAAACAUCCAUAAUAAUGUAUUGCUCAGCAACAGCUACGAAACGGACGAAAGGAGUAUUUCGAAUGCAGUUUUAUAUCCCAACCGAAAAGGGAAAUCAGCUUCCAGGCUUGAGGUUGCAAUGGCCGAUAUGUUAUCUAGCAGUAAUGUAGUCGCUUCUUCCAUUCUUUCAUCAAAUAAAAAAAACACAGCUUCGUGUAUGAAAAGAAAUAAUAAUAGCAAUAAUAAUAAUAAUAAUAAUAAUAAUAAUAACGAUAAUAAAAGUAAUCACAUUAGAUACAGUAAUAAUAGUAUCAACAAUAAUUACAGUAGAACUGAUUCAUUCAGUAUUGAGGACACGAGUCGAAGCGAAAGAACGAUUUCAAAACAAUGUCUGCAGUUACGCAAAAUCUUCGAAAACGAACCGCGAGAUGAUAACUUAAAAUCAGAAUACGACAAUGAUACACCAAAUGGAAAAAAGAUCACAUUCACCAAUGAAAGCGUUAUGAAAGGAUUGGAAAUUUCUAAUAACUUACCAAAACGUAAUUUCUCCAAUAAAACUAAUUGUAAUUCAACCUCUAAGAUGAAUUCAACACAGGAGUAUUCCACUCAAAAAAAGUCCUGCACGCCGCUAGAAAGUUUACGUGUUCAGUUCGAAAAACUGGAAGAACUUGAAGAUCAAAUACCAGAUAAUAAUUAUGAUGGAACCUACCAUUUACGAUAUCCAUUCGUCAAUAAGCAUGUCGAAAACAAUGAUUCUCUUUGUCAUGGUGAGGAGUGUUUCACUGACAAAAAUGUAGAAUGCCAACGAGCAAACAAUGAUAUAAGCAGUGAGUUGGAAUUUUUCAAACAUCGAAUUCAUCUCGAACGUGACUCGGUCCAGCGCGCAAAAGAAUCCUUGAAAAUGCAAAAGGAUUUUUUUUUAGUUAAAAAGAAAAACAUGUUGCUCAAACACACGAUAGAAAACGAACAAACUGUCGAUGAAAUCCUUAAGGAGCAACAGGAACUAAUUGAAAUGGAAAUUUCAUUGCAUCGCACUCGGACAUUGCUUAGUGAAAAGGUGAUUCGUUUGCGCCAUUUGGAAAUCUCGUUUAAUCAUGUGAUGGAAAAGGAGUUUCCAUCACGAAAAGAAAUGUCGACAAAUGAAAGAACAAUAGACACAAUAAGUGACCAAUCUUCUUAUUCAAGCUCUAGUAUUAUAAAUGUAACAGGUUUGGACCAACAUCUCACAGCAAAGCCAAUGAUGCCUAAGAAGGCAUAUUCCCAAGACCAUCCGAUGUAUUUGGAACAUUUGCACAUGGAAAUACUAGACAUCUGGAGUUUGCUAAAUAGUUUUGAGGAAGUGAGGCACAGACACCCAUCGAACGAAAUUACAGCAUCUUUAAGCCAUGAAACUUCUUCUAAUCUCAAGAAAGUAUUGGGAUACAAUCUGGAUAUCAAUAUGCAACACCAACAACAUCAACCGCAGCCUUACUCUUUGAACCUACUGGAAAAAACGCGUGACUUGAAAAGGUGGCUGCGAGAUGCUAAAAGAGAGCAUGAAAAGAAUAAAUCGAAAUCCUUCCUUUGAAUGUACCAAUCCAUGUAAAGAUAGGAUAGAAAGGAAAUCAGGAUAACUGCAAAUGAGAACACAUAGGCACGCGUACACAAGAAAAUCUAUAACUGUCAUUGCUUUUACGUAAUGCAAAACAUUUUUGUCGGAUAAAAGUUUAAAAUCUUGCAAAUUGUAUACCAUACCCAAUGAGUUUAACACCGUCUGAUCUGAUGAAACCAACAAAAUUGGUUUAGAAGGUACCCAAAUAAUAUUGAUUGAAGAAAAAUGGUUCUUCCCUUUCCAGCUAUCUUAAAGGACAGGAAGAUGAUAGUGAUACACAAGGAAUGUGCUAUCUUCCUCUCUCUCUCUCUCUAUUAGGAUAGAUGAAAACUUAUAUUUUACUCAAUAAAUGUUUCAUAUGUGUCAUUAAUAACUUUAAUGUUCUUUAUAUGUACGUACGCCGAACAAUCGCAAGAUCGCUGGGCUGUAGUUUUUUUGUCAUUAGUGUACAAUUACGAUUAGUGUGCGAAACGCGUCGCACCAUUCUUGACGGAAACAGUGGUUAAAGCCAGUAUAACAGCCUGUUUUUGAUAUGAUACUCUUUAUGGAUUGAAGCCUAAAACACAAGUUCUUAAUAGUCCUGCAAUGCUCGCCAAAAAUCAAUGCAUCAGAAAGAGCAGAAUUUCUAGAAUAUAAAACCAGCGGAUUUUUCCUCCUACUUGCAGUUUAAAAGAAAAUUUGAUUUGAUUUUUGCAAUUUCAUUCAAAAUUUUGCGUAUUUUUCAAUUCUUUCAGUGUUGGACUAACUUAACGGCCCGGUUGUAGAAUAGAAAUCGAACAAUGUUUUUUUUAUUUAUCUUUUUUUCGUCUAGCAAAUAAAAAACUUCCAUUAAAUUCUAACGUUUUGCGUGAUGUCUCGUUUUCUAAAAUUCGAGAUCAGAAACGUUCGCGAUGUUACCAGGCGUGGAGUCCCUAAUAAUAACGGCAGCGGUGGAUGAUAUAGAUUACAAACCG